CCUUUAUAUAUACUAUGGGUAAUGAUGGUGGAAGUAUUCCUAAGCGUGAUGAUCUAAUCAAAGAUGCGAAGAAGUUAGAAAAUUCGGAAACAAAUCAAGUAACUCAGCUUCUUCCUUGGUUUUGCUGUAGUUUUUCAAAAUUGCCUUUAUCCGAGCCUAUCGUUAGUUGUGGUCUUGGUAGGCUUUAUAAUAAAGAUAUAUUACUAGAAUAUCUCCUAUCUUUUAAAGAGAAAGGAUCUUAUAGAAAAAUCCAGAAAGAGGAAGGGUUAUCUGUUAAAUCACAGUCAACUGAAUAUGGGAUUUCACAUAUUACGACAUUAAAAGAUGUAAAAGAAUUAAAGCUUAAGGCAAAUCCAGCGUAUCAAGUAAAUUCUACGCUUAAUAAGAAGGUUUUUCAUGGGGAAAAUCAAGUGGGUCGUUGGGUUUGUUCAGUAACUAAUCGAGAGAUUAAUGGUCAUGCAAAAUUCGUAUAUCUUGUACGUUGUGGACAUGUUUUUAAUGAUCAGGUGUUAAUAAAUAUUAAAAGUAAUGAGUGUUUAGAGUGUGGUAUAGAGUUUACAGAGGAUGAUAUUAUUCCAUUAAAUCCAAAACAGGAUGAUUUACCUAGAUUAAAAGCACGACUACAGGCACUUAAAGCAGCAGGGCUGACACAUACAUUAACCCCGAUGAAGCAAUCAAAAAAACGUAAACAAGAAUGUCUUGGAAAUGAUUUACAACAAACCAUUCCUUCUAAAAUAUCUAUUAAGACAACCAAACUAUCUACUAACAAAUAA